UAUUGGUUGUUGCUCGCUCAUAAGUAAAGAUAAAGAUGACAUUACUAUCUUCACUUUUCAAGUCGUCUGGCUGAGAGUUGUGCUGUGUUUUCUGUUUUUUUUCUUUCCCCAAACUGAAAUCCAUUCUCCACUAUCUUCCGAAAAAUUGGAAGCAUGCAUUCACAAAAACACUAUUUAGCUACACCAUCAUUAACUUCAUUGCUCGAAGAUCCGAUUUUGUGUUUAUCUUCGGAUGAAAUAUCUUAGUUUUAGCUGGAUUCUAUUCUUUUAUGUUUUUCACCCAAACUUAUAUAUAUCUCUAAAGAUAGCCCACAUUUUUCGUCUUUCCAUAUCUCUCUUAUCAUCAGCUUUUACUAACCAGAUAAUUACUUUAAAGCAAAACCAAUUCUCAAUUUCAAUCAAUUCCCAAUUUAUCUUUUGAUAUUAUCAUUUAUUGUCUACUUUUUGCAUCAUGACUCAAACUUUUGAUUCUUCAAUUCCCAUUUAUGAUGUUUGCAUUUUAGGCGCCGGCUUUAGUGGUGUCAAGUUAUUACAUGAGUGUCGAAAGAGAGGGUUAAAAACUCACAUUUAUGAAGCCUUGGAUGAUUUAGGUGGAACUUGGAGGAAAAAUAGAUAUCCCGGUGCUAGGGUAGAUAGCGAUAUUCCAGUUUAUGAGCUAAAUAUCCCAGAGGUCUAUAACACCUGGACUUGGUCCGAAAGAUUUCCCGAUUGGAGUGAAUUAAGGAAGUAUUUCAAUCAUGUUGAACAAAUAUUGGAUUUGAAAAAAGAUAUUGAUUUUAAUACUUUUAUUAGUCAGGCUCAAUUUGAUAGAAAAUCAGGUUAUUGGUAUAUUGAGGCUUCGGAUUCAAAAAAAAAAUGUUAUGCUAAGUUUUUUUUGCCAUGUGUGGGUUUUGCAUCAAGACUUUACAAACCUGACUUUAAAAACUUUGACAGAUUCAAAGGGAAGGUUUAUCACUCAAAUGAAUGGCCGGAAUCUGAUGUCGACUUGUCAAACAAGAGAGUUGGUUUAAUUGGCACAGGUUCAACUGGUGUACAAAUCACCCAAGAGGCUGCUAAAGUUGCAUCUGAAUUAUUUGUCUUUCAAAGAACUCCCAAUUUAUGUUUACCAAUGGGACAAGUGUCCAACCCAGAAAUUCAAAAAAAUAAGAAAAAUUAUUCAAAAAUAUUAAACAGCAGAUUUGAUAGUUUUGGCGGUUUUACCUUUACUUUUGUUGAUAAAGAUACCUUUGACGAUUCUUCAGAAGACCGUCAAAAUUUUUACCAAACAUUGUUUGAUAGAGGUGGCUUCAAUUUUUGGGUUGCUAAUUAUAAAGACAUCUAUUUUAACCAAAAAGCAAACGAUGAGGCCUACCACUUUUGGAGAAACUCCGUUAUCAAAAGAGUUCAUGAUCCAAAAACUGCUGAGAUUUUAGCCCCAAAGAUUCAACCUCAUCCUUUUGGUACAAAGCGUCCCAGUUUGGAACAAGAUUAUUAUGAACAGUUUAAUAAACCAAAUGUUCACGUCAUCGACAUUAAAAAUGAUCCCAUUUAUGAAUUCACAGAAAACGGGUUGAAAACAAAGGAAGGUAAUGAAUAUAAGUUUGAUAUUUUAAUUUUAGCUACUGGUUUUGAUGCUGUCACAGGUUCUUUUAAAAAUAUCGAUUUGAAAGAUGCUGACACUGGUAAGAUACUACGUGAUAAAUGGGCUGAUGGCUGCAACACUUAUUUAGGUUUAUCUAUCAAUGGUUAUCCCAACAUGUUUUACACUUAUGGUCCCCAGGCUCCAACGGCUUUCGCUAACGGCCCAACUUGUGUUGAACUACAAUCAAAAUUCAUCUUAUUCAUUAUUGACCAUAUGAUUCAAAAUGAUUUCAAGUCCAUUGAGGCUAAAAAGGAACACCAACUCAAUUAUUCAAACAAUUUGAAAGACUUUGCCAACUCUUCUCUAUUUCCAAAGGCAAAAUCUUGGUAUAUGGGGGCUAACAUUCCUGGAAAAAAAAUUGAAAUGCUAAACUACCUUCAAGGUAUUCCCUCUUAUGGAAAACUUUUAAAUGAGGUUUAUCAAAGCGAUUUUAAAGGCUACGAAAUUCUCUAAUAGAAUGGUACUUAAAUUUAUCUUGUAUGUUUGAUUUAUAAAAAAAUUUGAAAUGUUAGAGAUUCUUAAUUUUGAUAUAAUUUAUAUAAUUUU